UGGGUUUCCUCAGCCGCGAAAUGGUUUUUCCUUUUUAUUCAAAGAGCUGCUUUUUCAGCUUUUCUGUGUCAGUGGUGCUGGCCAUUGUACCUGAUCCCAAGAACGUGAGGGUGACCUCCGUCAACAUGGGUGCGGUCUUAGAAUGGGAUGUGUCCCAUCAAGCACCUGGAAACCUCACCUACACAGCGGAAUACAGCUCUGACACUGCCUUUAAGGCUGUGUGCCAAAACCAAACAGAGCAAAGAUGUGACUUCACCACAGUGAUCAGUCCUUAUGGAAUUUACGUGUUUCAAGUAAGAGCAGAGCUGCAAGAGGAGACCUCUCAGUGGGUGAAGACCUCAGAAUUCAUUCCGGACAGCAACACCCUGAUCGGAGCUCCUACAGUGAGGCUAGUAUCUAAAAAUGGAAGCCUUGAGAUGGAUAUUAGAGAGCCUGUUCUGAGGGUGUCCUCACUCAAAGAGGUCUACAGCCGGGUGUCCUACAACAUCAAAUACUGGAGAGAGGGCUAUGAAGAUCAGGUCACUAUGAUGAGUGACAUUCAGCAAACCAGAGUGGGGUUGAGCCGGCUGGAGCCGUGGACUAGGUACUGCGUUCAGGUCCAGGUCUUCAUCAAGACUUUCCAAAAGAGGGGAGAGUUCAGUGAGGUGACAUGUGAGACCACCACCACAAAUGGGAGGAUGGAGCCAUGGAAGAUAGGUGUGGUCUUGGUGGUGAGUUUUGUGGCGGUGUCUGUGACUUUUCCAUUGUUGUUCCUGCUCACGUGCUACAGUUACAAAGGCCUGAAGUUCCUCUUCCCCACUGCCAAACUGCCCGAGCACUUCAGACAGUACCUGAUUGAGCCAUCAUCACAUUCCAACAUCUUCAUGGCCAUGCAGAACAUCCCCCAGAUGGAUGAGCAGUACCACGAGGUUAGCGUCAUUUCAGAGUGGAUGGAGGGCCCCCUGGAAGAGGGAGGACCCCUCUACAGUCACUCCGAGAGACUGCAGGGGAGGGAAGAGGAGGCAGGAAAGGAAAUGGAAGAAGACGAAGAAAAAUAUAGCAAUACUGUAACACAUGUCGAUUGAGAUGUUUGACUUAGGAUAAAGUGGAUUCAAAAAACUGAAAAAUAUUUCAGUCCAUAUUUUAUCACAACAGGCUUUCUUAUCAGUGGUUUCAUAAAGACCACACUGCUGGAGUGGCAAAUUUAUUUUAUAAACAAAGUGAUGUUGUAUAGUAGAUGACCUGUCAUUCCACCUCUUCCAUUUUCACCACAUUGCUCAUACCUGGUUGCUUUAUUGUUGAAAAUGACUGUGUGUUUCUCAUAGCAGACCACAACAAUUACAGCCUCAUUAACUAAGCAGUCAAGCACAAAUAGAGUCCAGCAAUACUCUGGACUGUGAAAGAAGCUUUUUUUUUUUGCUGUCCUCUUGAGAGAAAGAAAGUGAUUUCUGUAAUUAUUUGGCUGAUGGUUUCUUGCUUAUUCAGAUUUUAAGGGCAUCUCCAUGGCAAAAUUGUGACAUAACUGUACCCUUUGGUAUGACUAAUACGGAAAAAAGAGAGGUGUCAUAGCUGCAGCCAGCCUGAGGGACCUGACUCCAAUUCAGUGGAAAAAGGCUAACCUUUGCUCAUUUCUAGAUUAUUUUUGUGACUGUAUGAAGAUGCAGCUGUAGACAGUUGUAAGCGUACCUCCCCUACCAUGGUUUCAUCUGUCAAGA